UGUGUUGUACCUAACUUUAGUCCGCGGUCUCUUAUCGCGGUAACGUUAGUAUACUGUUAGCUUGCUAGCUAACACCAUCGUUUCCAGGUUUCGUGUCGACCUGAAAAAAAGCAAACGAAGAGAGACACAGAAAGAUUACGCAGCUGAAUACUUUUAAAAUCCAGGCUGUAAAGAGGAGCGGGACAAUGCCACACAACUUCCAGCCCGGAGACCUGGUCUUCGCUAAAAUGAAGGGGUACCCCCACUGGCCAGCCAGGAUUGAAGAUGUGGCUGAUGGUGCAGUGAAACCACCUCCUAAUAAAAUCCCAAUUUUUUUCUUUGGGACACAUGAAACAGCAUUCCUUGCGCCAAAGGACCUUUUUGCCUAUGAAAAGUACAGUGAACGCUAUGGAAAACCCAACAAAAGGAAGGGAUUCAAUGAAGGUUUAUGGGAGAUCCAGAACAAUCCACAUGCCUCCUACAGCGCUCCACCUGUACCAGCCAGCUCAUCUGACAGUGAGGGCAACAAUGCAGGAGGACGAAGUGAUGAGGAUGACGAUGAGGAAGAAGCCGCGGUGCCUCAGCGAGCAGACUCAGGAAGUGAGGUUGACUCCGAUUCUGGGAGUGAAGACCAAGGAAGAGGCGGUGGAGUGAAGCGAAAGCCACCACCUGCCAAGCGGCCUCCUCCUGCAAAAAAGACCCGAGGCUCAUCCAGUGACCGGGAUGUAGAGAGUGGGUCCCCUUCUGAAUCAGAACCCACACCUUCAGAGUCUGACUCUGGCAAAAACAGUGACCAGGAUUUUACUCCAGAGAAGAAAUCUGGUGGACGUGGUGGAAAGAAAGCAGGAGGCAGAGGGAAGAAAAAGAAGGCGUCAUCUGACUCAGAUUCAGACUCGGGGUCAGGGUCAGAGAAGAAAGUUGUGGACAGCGACUCAGAGGAUGAGAAGCCUCGGCCAGCUUUGUCAGGCUCUGAGUCCCAGUCCGGCUCAAAGUCUGAAUCAGACUCAGACCCACCUCCUCGAAAGGGCCCACAGGGACGCAAGAAAGAAAAACCAGCGCCAAAGCCUCGUGCACGGAAACCAAAACCUGCCCCGGCAAAACGAGCGCCUUCAUCAUCCUCCGACAGCGACAGUGACAGUGAAACCGACUGCAUCAGUGAAUGGAAGAAACGAGAUGAGGAACGCAGACGAGAGUUGGAGGAGCGCCGGAAAAAGGAGGAGGCAGAGGAGCUCCGCAGGCUACGCGAGAGGGAGAAGGAGGAAGAAGAGAAAAAGAAAAAAGACAAAGAUAAGGGGAAAAAAGGGAGUGACAGUGAUAGCAGCAGUAGCUCAGACGAAGGUGUAGAUGAUCACCCACUGAAGAAGUCCAAGAAACCCCCUCCACCGCCGAUCCCAGCACCCUCUGACUCUGAUUCUCCACCGCCAUCUGAGGUAAAGAAACCAUCCAAGAAGCCUGACAACCAGAAGAAGGCGAGAAUAAAGAAAGAGAAGGAGAGAAAAGAGAGGAAGGAGAAAGAGCUAAAAGAGAAGAAAGCCAGACGGUCAGAAGAGAAGUCCAGAGCGAGGUCUAAGCCUGAAAAACCCAAACGCAAACCAGAGAGGCCGCCAGAGAAGAAAGUGGAAAAGAAGAAGGAGCCAUCACCAGAAGAAAAGCUACAGAAGCUCCACACAGAUAUAAAGUUUGCACUCAAAGUGGACAACCCAGACAUAGAGCGAUGUCUACAAGCCCUGGAAGAACUUGAGGCCGUGCCUGUCACCAGCCAAAUCCUCCACAAGAACGCUGAAGUUAUUGCCACACUGAAAAAGAUUCGGCGGUAUAAAGCCAGCACUGCAGUCAUGGAAAAAGCUAGUGAUGUCUACAACAAGUUAAAACUUCGCUUUGUGGGCAAGACGGAGGUGGUAGCUAAACCUAAAACAGAGAACAAGGAAUCGGAAGAUAAUGAGGCGACACAAAACGCAGACUCCUCACCAGUGAACGGGGACUCGGAACAGAAAACAAAUGAUAUGGAGGGAAAGGAAAAACCCAAAUCACCUGCCCAGGAGGACAAUAAUGACGAUACUGCCUCUAGUCCAAACAGGCCGAGUCCCGACAGCCCCGGUGAACAACAGACUUGCACAUAUGAAGAAGCAGACAACUCCGUCGCCGCAGAGACAGAACCACCUGCUGUAGAAAGCUGAAAGACGCUAAAACCACCACUGCACUGGACCAAGUGCUGAAGAAGGUGGCCUCUUUGUUUGACGUCAUAGAGUGCUCCUGGCCCAAUGACAUCGCAGCACACACCCAGCGUUUCCUACACUAUCUUUUGAUGUUUCGGGCAUGUCGUACUAUGGUGAUAUCAAACGAGAAGACCCCGUUGCUCAAACAGUUCGGUCCAUUAUUUAUCACAGCAAAAAGGAAAGCUUAUUCGUGUGAUAUUUCGUGGCGCCAUGUGACACCCCUUUUUGUUUUUCUGAAAUGUACUUUUACUUUUAUACGACAUUCUGCCCGUCCUGGAUCCUCACCCUGUACCCCUGCUCCUGGCUACUUUGUUCUUUCUACCACAUGAAUAUUGAAUUAUUACAUUUUUAGCACUUCUAAAUGGAAUUUAGGCUGGGUUAGUAUGACAUGUGACUUUGAUGAUUCUGGUGGGGAAAUGGAGCCAUGACAUUCACCUUUCGAUAAUUCUGUGCAACCCUUGCUUGCAUCUGUUUGCUUCAUUUUUUUUUUUUUUUUUUUAUAAAGAAUACAAAACAUCACGAAGGCCUCUUGUCUGUGUGUAUGGCAUUGUGAGAGUGGUAUUAAGUAAGUAAGUACUAUUUGUGAGUUUUUUAUGUUAAGUAUUUUUUCAAUUAUUCUGGUUUUGAUCCAGUUAAUCCAGUAUGAAAUGUAAAGUAAAGCCAUUAAUUGAGUCACUUAAACUGUUCCAACUGAGGUCCACCUACUUUUUUAUUGCCUUGUUUUCAAAUAUUUUCAUCUACAGUUUUGUUGAAAAUAAUAAUUGCCGUGGAGUUUAACACCUUACACUUGCUCCUCAUGAUGUCUGCUUUCGGUAACUUGCAUAAUAAAUGGAAUAGCUACAGAUUCAAAACUGCCCUUAAAAGCUAUUGAGAUCUCAUGUAGCUGCAGCCUCUUUUUUUGCCAUUUUCCUCUCAUGCAUACAACAGGUGUUUUUAGUGGUAUGUAAAUUGGUAAAACAUUUCUAUCACAAAGUUGAGACUUGAAUAAAAAUCUCAGCAUGGA